AUGGUGUUAGGGCUGACACGCACACGGAGCAGCGUGGAAGCGCAGCGCUGCCGCAUUAUGGCGUGGAAGCCAUCCAACCGCGCCGCGCAGAACAUACCGGACGCGCUACAGCAGCGCCCCAGCCCCAUCAGCGCCCUGAACGCGUUGUAUUGCAUAUUGCCGGCGAUCGCUUCGAUAUUAGACGAUUCUGGAUUCAAUAUACGAUUUAGUGUAAUACUUUAUGAUAUACCUAUUUGGACUUCCGAAAUAUUUAUGCCACCACACGCGGCGCUGCUGGCUUUCUACAGAGGAGGCAGAAGUGCUCAGUGGAACGCCCAGUGCGCCUUGAACAUGUGUAACGGAACACAACAGUUAAAUGAUGCAUGUUGUAAACAGAGAAAUCCAGAAUGUUACUUCUGUAUCGACAGUGGAAAACCCGGGGCACCCUUGCUAAUACUCUUACUUCAAACUUGUUUAUACAUGAUAUUCGUACUCCUGGCUCAACAUGGCUACUUGAAUCAAUGGCGAGAUAAGUUGGUGAACAUGAAAUAUGUCAGGCCGCAGAAGCAUUACAACGAUAAAAUGGUUCUAGCCGAAGAAAGUUACGUUAGCAAGAACAUUGCGUUGUCGCAGGCGCAAGCUACCGACGCAAUGUUGAUCGGAGACGUGCACAAAAACUACGUGAGCAUUGGAUGCGGUCACGUCAAGAAAUGCAACGCCGUCAAGGGUGUUAGCUUUUCGGUUAAAAGAGGCGAGUGCUUUGGCGUGCUGGGCGUGAACGGCGCGGGCAAGUCGAGCACGUUCCGCACAAUCACCAGCGAGGAUCACGCAACUCGGGGACAAGUAUUCGCCAACAGACACUGCCUUACUUUGUGCCACAGACAACAAUACUUGCUGUCUUUAGGGUACUGUCGGCAGUUCUUCGGACUGGACCUGUUCCUGUCUGGGUGGGACAAUCUAGCACUGCUGCUCAAACUGCGCGGCUGGUCAGGAGACACUAUUACCAAAGAGGUUGACAUCUGGAUAAAAGCUGUUGGUCUGGAGCGAUACGCCAAAGAGCGCGUAUGCUUCUACAACCGCGACUGCAAGCGGCGUUUGGCUGCAGCGGCGGCGCUGGCGCAGGGCGCGCCCGUCACACUGCUGGACGAGCCCACUGCCGGCGUCGACGCUACCACCAGGAGAUACGUCUGGAGAGCGCUCAGGCGAGGGCAGGCCCUGGGUCGUACCAUUAUCAUGACUUCUCAUUG